AUGCGGUGUGCGGCUCUUCGAGAGGUCUUGGCAUUCUACGGUAAAACGCAAAACCCAGUAACUUUACACAGGUUCACGGAAGAAGCCGCUUAUCGAAGGAAUGCCGGAGACUUACUCUACUCCUCCGAGUCUUUUGCUAUCAUGCUCCACAUCCCGACUGAAAUCUGUAGCGUCUACACGAUCGGGGAGCCUCUUCGAUUGACUGGUGAACAGAAACAUCACGUCAAGGAUUGCAAGAAGGGUAGGAUUAUCGACGUGGAUCUCUACGGGCUGCCGAACGAGAGCUUACCGCGCCUUGUUCGACCCUGCAAUAUCAACCGACCUGGAAUUGCCGCAGAGGACGAAUUCAGCAAAUCUCUCGAUGCCUCCAUCGCCCGUUUGAAAAGCAGUCUACUACACAUGACGCCAUCUCAGGCUUCCAGAGUGGAUUUCACUUCUACCGCUCACCUUGAGACGCUGUUCUUAGCGGGACAAGCAGCUGUCAAGCUAGACCUGGCCCCUCAUGUCCGACUGGUUAGCGGACAUAGCCCACUUGAAUGCACCUUUGUGGUGACGUGUGCGUCCCAAAGUCAACUCUUGUUAGACGAGCAUAGCUUGGGUCACAGGAUUGGAAGCAACACCUGGGUCGUAUCUAACGACGGCGAACUUUGCGGUAUCGGCGAAGUUGGAGAGCUCUGGAUCGAAGGCCCGCUUGUCGGACUAGGAUAUAUUGACCAGGAGAGGGAGACAGCAUCUGCAUUUGUGAAUGACCCUCACUUUAUCACAAGUGGUGCUGCAGGCUUUCAGGGUCGGACUAGACGAUUCUUCAAGACUGGAGAUUUAGUAUGGCAGCAGGCCGACGGCAGCCUGAUUCUCGUUAGCCGCAAGGAUGAUCAGGUCAAGGUCCAUGGCCAUAGCGUGGAGCUUGGCGAGAUUGAGCACCAUAUUCGUGACCUUCUAUCACCAGAUGAGGUCAAGGAAAAGCAGAUCCCAGUUGGAGCUCGACAUUUAUCGAAGCUCACGCAACAAUUACCAGGGUAUAUGAUCCCUUCGCGUUUCGUGCCUUGUGCUACUAUGGCCAGAACAAGCUCCGGAGCAGUAGACCGUCGUAAGCUGCGCGAACAGGCCAAGAACAUGUCGCAGGCAAAGGCACCAAGCCCGCACAGUGACACCAAACGAGACCCUUCAGAUCCUUUGAGCAUCCUCGAGACACAGCUAUCCCAGCUUUGGGGCGAAAUACUUGGCAUAAGUAACCGGGCGACAAUCACAGCCGAAUCCAACUUCUUUGCGCUCGGCGGAGACAGUAUGUCAGCGUCGCGAUUGACAAUGGAAGCGGGUAAAUGGGGGCUUGCCAUUGCACUCGUCGACAUGGCUGAGCACGUCAAGUACGCCCAUGGUUCAUCUGCAAUACAAGAGACUAGCCAUGCGCUUAACGGAACCCAUCCGACCUCCACGAUGAUGAAUCUCUUCAGCCUUACACCUUUCCAAAAGCGCAACCUCUCCGGCACCCUCGAUCAAAUCUCCAAAGCAAAUAACUAUCUCACCUUCGACAUUCCAUCAAACAACCUCAUCAACCACUUCGACAUCCUCCGAACAGUAUUCACCCAAAUCCAAGACAAAUACUACCAAACAAUCCUCGCUUCCUACGAAGCACCCAUGAAAGUCGAAGAAACCUCCUCCACCUCCUCCGAACAAAUCCUCGAAACCAUAAUCAAAGAAGACUUGAACCAUCCUCUCGCUUUCGGACAACCCUGGUUCCAAAGCUACCUCAUCCACGAAAAACACGCGAACACUAAGAAACUCGUCCUCAGAUAUCUCCACCCUCUCAUCCGCCCUCAAAGACCUCUGUGCCGGCCGUCCCCUUCCCCCAACACCAAGCUGGAACACCUACCUCUUACGAAAAUCCCACCCUCAUUCUUCCUCAACCACAUACUAGCAAUCUCUCCUCCACGGCGGAAGAAUGGCGUACCUCUCCCCCUCUCCCUCCCCAUCUCCCAGCCCUCACUACCUCAAAACCUCAACCUCCCUCCCCACCCUCUCCUAAACCCCUCCGGCACGCCAUCCGCCCGCUUCACAGCCUCCGUCGCUCUCGCAUUAUCUCGACUCGCAGGGCAAAGCGACAUCCUCUUCGGCCGCCUAACCCGCAACGCGGAAGUCCUUGGUGGAUCGGAGAACGUUGUGCCCGUGAGAGUCAAUACCCAUACUGCGAAUUCUACACCUAAUACAUGUAUUGCUGGAGAUGUUAUGGGACAGAUGAUUGAGGGGAUGGGGGAGAAUGAGGAGGGGUUUGAUUUGGAGGGGUUGGUUGCAUUGUCUAGGGAUUCGUCGGAGGUGGAGGUUGAGAAGAGGGAGAUGGAUGUUGGGUUGAAAGGUCAGGAGGAGGAAUUUGGGGUUGUGGCGGCUUUUUACUCGGGCUGUGAAGGUGUGAGGCAGGUUGAGAAUUUGGCGUUUGGGAAGAGGAGUGUUGUUUUCUCUGCUGAGGUGGCGGGAGGGAAAGGAUCGAGUUGGAAGGUAUCUGUUUCUGCGAGUAGUGAUGUGCAGAGUCAGCAGAGCUUGAAUGAUAUUCUGCAAGAGUUGCGGUCUUCUCUGGAUCAGGUCGUGGGAUCGUCGUAAGACAUGGAUAUGUUCAAUGUACAUACAUUACCGGAAAUAGG